CUCGCAAUUAGGAAGUGGCGAGUGAAUAGUCGACCUGCGCUCCUUCCACAAUAUUCAAAUCAACAAAUCUGCGACUUCCUAUCCUAUCCUCAUCGCAGUUCCGGCGCGCAGCAACACUUUAGGAAACGUCCUUCAGCGCCCAUGUCGGAUUCCCUCACAGUGACCAACAACUGAAAUGGAGGACCCCUUGGUCCCGGCCACCAACGGAACGGCCAUUGGAAGACCUGUAUCUCCAGCUCCGCCGGCCACAUCGACCAUAGACCCGCAGUUGAUCCUCUCAUAUCUCGAAUCCGUCCUUCAUGUCACCCUGGGCGCAUCACGAAAGGAGCUGGAAGCGAACAACAGUUUCCUGAGUCCGGCGAACCUACCAGAGACACUGAUACGCUGUCAGAGGUUUGCGUCCGAGGCCCAGGUCGCCAUCUACGUCCAGCAAGAGGCUCUGGACGCAAUCGACGACAUUCAAGGAGACGGUGAUGCUCUUGUAUCCACCCAGUCGACGUACCUUCUCGAUUCCAAACUCACAUACACCCCUUCGACGGCAUCAUGUGUCGCCAUCCUCAAGCGACCAGUACCCAUUCUACCCACAGUCCCCAUCAGCAGUCAGCUGUCCGUAAUUAACCUGCCCGGUGCAGGCGCCUCUCUAUCCACCAACCCCAACGCUGGUUCAUCCGCCUCGCCCUUCGAAGCCCUUCACUCUCUCGUCCAUUUCGCAUUAGCCCCCUAUUUCGAUGCCUGCACAAAGAGCCAGGAAUCAAAUCAUGCAUACACCAAGCACACGGAUGCCGAGUCUCGCACUGGUAUCCCUGGAGCAAAGAGGAGGAUUGCUGAGCUUGAACUCAGCUUGAGGAACCUACAGCAAAACAUCGAUGUGCCCGACUUGCAUCUGCCAAUUCAUCCUGUGAUUCAAGCCGCUGUCGAGGAAGCUGCCUCACGUAGCGAGAAGCCCACGUCAGCACAUCUACCACAGUCACUGCUCAACGACGCACACUUCCUGAACAAUCUGCAGGCCGCCGUCAAUGGCUGGAUCAAGGCCAUUCAGGAGAGUACCCAGCGCUCCCGCGAUCCUAGCACUGGUACGGCUAUGCAGGAGAAGAACUUCUGGUUAUCCAUGGAGUCGGCACUAGACAGCAUCGAGCGUCAACAAAACAGCGAUCCUGUACGUCUGUCUCUUGAUGUGCUCAGUCAGGCCAAGCGUCACGCCACCGCUGUCAGUUUCCACGCCGAUACAGGUUUCAAAGAGGCUGCCGACAAAGUCCAGAAGUACAAUCAGCUCAUGCGAGAACUUCCACUAGAGGAGCUGCUCGCUGCGGCGACAUUGAUCAAAAUCCAAGAAGCACUCGACCAGGUCUUCCAACACAUCAACAAGAAGCUGAGAGUAUGUGCAUAUCCUAUUCGCCGCGCUCUACCCUUGGUUGAAGCCAUUUCUGGCGAUCUUGACACAAGACUCCACGAACUUCUCCACGGCCGCAGUCUCAUGCAUCUAGAUUUCCCGGAGUUUCAAAAUCUUAUGGCUGCAACAGACAAGAUCUGGGACAUUUGGGAAGACAAUUUCAAGGAGUUUGCAAAUGCUGCAAGAGAAGUCAUCCGGCGCAGAGGUGAAAAGUUCAUUCCUAUCAAGAUCGAUUCACGCCACAAGCAGACGAAAGAUCGCUUAAGAUAUAUCAACACUUUCCGCGUCAAUCACGAGCAGCUUCGCGACACUAUAGCCAAUGUAUUGGGCGAGGACCAGGAUAAUAUCCACAACGACGGUGUCUCUGGACCUGUCAUCAUCGAGGAGAUGGGCGAUGUCGACGCGAUCGACGAGAUUUCGCAGGCUUACUCUGUUCUCAAGGACGUAGACGUUCUUGAUGUCUCCGAAGAGGGUACUCGCAUUUGGGUGCGUGCCGAAGCCGCAUACAACGAGCGCACUUCACGCGUGGAGAACUCAAUCAUUGCCCGAUUGAGAGAUCGCCUGGCACUUGCUAAGAACUCGAACGAGAUGUUCCGCGUCUUCUCAAAGUUCAACGCUCUCUUCGUCAGACCAAAGAUUCGAUCUGCCAUUUCGGAGUACCAGACUCAGCUCAUUGGAAAUGUCAAGAACGAUAUUGCGGCAUUACAAGAGCGUUUCAUGCACCCGUACGGCCAUACCGAGACACAUGCAAUGGCACAGCUCCGUGAUCUCCCUCCUGUCUCUGGCGCCAUCAUCCGCACGAGGCAAAUUGAGCGUCAACUGAAUGCUUACAUGAGCAAAGUUGAAGACGUCCUCGGCAAAGACUGGGCUCUCCACGUUGAAGGUCAAAAGCUUCAGACUGAAAGCAACAUGUUCAGGAAGAAGCUUGACGUCAAGCCUGUGUUUGACGAAUGGCUGAGAGAUGUCAACCGCCGACAGCUGUCCGUCUCUGGUCGAUUGUUUGCUAUCAGCCGCAACCGUGCCAGUGGUAACAUUCUCGAGUUGAGUGUGAGUUUUGAUGCCCAAGUCAUCACCUUGUUCAAGGAAGUCCGCAAUUUGCAAUGGCAGAAAUUCACCAUCCCUCAUGCGAUCAACAACACCUCGAAGGAAGCCAGACGCGUCUAUCCCUAUGCUGUCAGUCUGAUGGAGAGUGUCAACACAUACGCUCAGACCAUCAACGUGAUUGACAGCAUGCCCGAAGUCUCAAUCCUUGUAAAUGGCGUCAGAAGUGAAGUGCAAGCACUUAUUGCAAAGGGUACGCCUUUGAAGUGGGACAGUCUUUCCGGUGCUUACGAAGUCAAUGUUCGUCAAAUGCCUACCGGGUCCUCAGACCAAACAGAAAGCAAGCACGUCAAAUUCAUCAGAGAUUUUGCCAAGGCAAUCCGUGACCUCCAAGAGAAGACAUCGCUUCUCUCGUCAAUCAACGUUGCCGUUCACACCGCGCUCACAGAACUCGAAACAUGCUCUUACGCUCAAGAAGCUUUCAGACAACAAAUCGAUAUCAUUCAGAAAUCUGUCGACCAGCUCAACUUGAAGGGCUUCUCUAACCUGUCCUUGUGGGUUGCCGAGACCAACCAGAAGAUUCAGCUUGUCUUGUUGUCUCGCCUGCAACACGCUUUGAGGCAAUGGAUAAGUGUGUUCGCCGCUCAAAAAGAUGACGAGGACGACAAUGAGGAUGCUGAGCAAGAUCGUGACGUACCCCAUUUCGAGCCUUGCAUGCACGAAAUGGCCAUGCGCAAUCAGUCAAUCUAUCUCGAUCCCCCACUCGAAAGCGCAAGAGCUACAUGGCUCCAGCAUCUUCACAACUGGCUCAGCAUCGUCUGCAGUCUGCCAAAGAUCCAGGCAGAGAGAUUCGAGCUUGCUCUCAGCUUCAACCAAGACCCCGUCGCUGUCACUUUCUCUGAUUUGCCAUUAUUGUGCGUUGAUCCUCUGUCAAAUGCCUAUAACGCAGUGGAAGACAAGAUCUCUGUAAUCGGAGGUUAUGUCGACCAAUGGCUGCAAUUCCAGUCUUUGUGGGACCUGCAAUCUGAACAGGUAUACGAGUACCUAGGCGAAGACCUCGCUAUGUGGCUGCAGCUUCUGCUUGAGAUUCGCAAGAAACGUGAGACGUUCGACACCACAGAGACGACCCGCUCCUUCGAUCAUCUCACCAUCGAGUACGAGCAAGUCCAACUGAAAGUCAACGCUAAGUACGAUCAGUGGCAACAUGAGUUGCGUACUCAAUUUGCGCAGAGGCUGGGUAACCGCAUGUCUGAAGUAUUUGCUGCACUUCAAAAGGCCAGACAGGAGCUUGAAGGCCAAUCGUUGGAAGCCUCUUCUACCGCUCAGGCUGUUACUUUCAUCACGACUGUCCAACAAUGUAAGCGCAAGGUCAAGUCGUGGGAGCCAGAAGUCAACACUUUCCGUGAUGGACAGAAGACCCUCAUCAGACAGAGAUACCAGUUCCCUACCGACUGGCUUUACGUUGAGCAAAUCGACGGCGAGUGGACCGCACUAAACCAGGUUCUGGACCGCAAGAGUAAGGUCAUUGAGGAUCAAACAGAUGCUCUCAAGGCCAAGAUUGUUGCAGAAGACAGAGUCGUUGCUGGAAGAAUUACCGAGAUGACAGCUUCUUGGAAUGAUAGUAAGCCUGUCUCCGGUACUAUUCCACCUGAGGAAGCUGUGUCAACUCUGGCCGAAUUUGAGACCGGCUUUGCACAACUGAAUGAACAAUCCGAAAUGGUCGCCAAAGCCAAAGAGGCGCUUAAUCUACCACCCAGCGCUGACUAUGGUCUUGCCUCGCUGCUUGAAGAAGUCCAAGACUUCAAGUCUGUAUGGGCUAAUUUGAAGAUGGUCUGGGACGGACUCAACGAACUUCGUGAGCAGCUAUGGACCAGUAUUCAACCCAGAAAGCUUCGUCAAUCACUUGAGAAGCUUAUCCAGAUGACCAAGGAGAUGCCCAGCAGAAUGCGACAAUACGCAGCAUUUGAGCACGUUCUUGGCGUCCUUCGUGGGCUCCUCAAGGUCAACCCUAUUCUCUCUGACCUGCGAUCAGAUGCCGUCAAGGAGAGACAUUGGAUCAAGAUCUUCAAGGCUCUCAGACCAUCGCAACGUUACUCGUCCAUCUCAAUGACACUAGGAGACAUCUGGGACUUGCAACUUGGACCCAGCGAGGUCAUCAUCAGGGAUGUCAUCACGCAAGCCCAAGGUGAAAUGGCACUUGAAGAGUUCUUGCGUCAAGUCAAGGACACAUGGCAGAACUACACUCUGGAGCUGGUGAACUACCAGAACCGCUGCCGACUGAUCCGCGGCUGGGAUGAUCUUUUUGCCAAGUGCAGUGAACAUCUCAACUCCCUCCAGGCAAUGCGCCAUUCACCCUACUACAAGGUCUUCGAGGAAGACGCAUCUAGCUGGGAAGAGCGCCUCAACCGUGUUCAUCUCCUCUUCGACGUAUGGAUUGACGUACAACGCCAAUGGGUCUAUCUCGAGGGUGUUUUCACCGGCAACGUUGAUAUCAAAACUCUUCUUCCUAUGGAAUCCAACCGCUUCAACAACAUCAACACCGAGUUCUUAGCAGUGCUAAAGAAAGUUUACAAGUCACCUUUGGUGCUUGAUGUUCUCAACAUACCUGGCGUACAGAAAUCCCUUGAGCGUUUAGCCGAUCAGCUUAACAGAAUCCAGAAAGCUCUUGGAGAAUACCUCGAACGCGAGAGAGUAUCGUUCCCUCGCUUCUACUUCGUUGGAGACGAGGACCUGCUCGAGAUUAUUGGUAACAGUAAUGACACUUUGCGCAUUGCUAAGCAUCUGAAGAAGAUGUUUGCUGGUAUCUCCGGUGUCGUUACAGAUGAAGAAGCGAACAUUACCGGUAUCACAUCAAGAGAAGGAGAGCAGGUCAUGCUCAAGAAGAUCGUAUCUCUCGCCAAGACACCCAGAGUCAACGAAUGGCUUGGUGCGUUAGAGACGAAUAUGAGGGAGACGCUUGCUGAGUCUUUCACGGAAGCAUUUGAUGCCUUUGAGGAGCUCGCCGGACAAGAGAUCAUUGACGGCUCGGCUUUGGAAGCCUUCAUCAACGACUAUCCCGGUCAAAUUGUCGUGCUCGCUACACAAGCAUGCUGGACAAAGUGGGUCGGUACAGCCCUCAGCGAAGGCGGCGCUUCCUUGCCGAAAUUGUUUGAUCGCUUGGUUGAGGUCUUGCGUCUUCUCGCUGCUUCGGUCCUUGGUGACCUGGAUGCUCUCUACAGGAAAAAGUGUGAGCACCUGAUCACUGAAUUCGUCCAUCAGAGAGAUACCGUAGAAAAGCUCGUAAACGCAGGUGCCGACUCUCCUACUCACCACCUUUGGCUUCUUUCCAUGCGUUACGAAUAUCAACCGGAAGCCGAGCUACUGGACCGUGUUCAGAUCAAGAUGGCCAAUGCUGUUCUUGCGUACGGUUUCGAAUAUUUGGGCGUGCCCGACCGUCUUGUCCGCACUCCUCUGACAGAUCGCUGUUUCCUUACCCUUACCCAAGCUCUUUGCCAGAGACUUGGUGGUUCGCCAUAUGGACCCGCAGGUACUGGCAAAACUGAAUCCGUCAAAGCACUUGGUGUCCAGCUCGGACGUUUCACCUUGGUCUUCAACUGUGACGACACCUUCGACUAUCAAGCCAUGGGCAGAAUCUUCCUCGGUAUCUCCCAAGUCGGUGCAUGGGGAUGUUUCGAUGAGUUCAACAGACUGGAAGAGCGUAUCUUGUCUGCCGUUUCACAGCAGAUCCAGAACAUCCAGCUUGGUCUGCGCAAGAGCACGAGCGAACAGAAGGCACAGAUCGAGCUUAUUGGACGCCAGCUUAUCGUGCAUCAGAACACUGGCCUGUUCAUCACCAUGAACCCUGGCUACGCUGGUCGUUCGAACUUGCCCGACAACUUGAAGAAGUUGUUCCGCAGCGUCGCCAUGUCCAAGCCUGAUAAGGAGCUGAUUGCGGAAGUCAUGCUCUACUCCCAAGGUUUCUCACAGGCCAAGCCUUUGUCAAGACAAGUGGUUCCCUUCUUCGAUCGCUGCGGCGCCAGUCUGUCGAACCAGCCUCAUUACGAUUUCGGUCUUCGUGCGCUGAAGAGUGUUCUUGUCAGCUCUGGUGGUCUCAAGCGAUCACGUCUGGUGGACCACCCUGGAGAGACACUUGCAGAAGAGAUCGUCGAGCCUCAAAUUAUCGUUCAAAGUCUUCGCGAAACUAUCGCACCUAAACUUGUCCGUCCCGAUGUUGACAUCAUGCGUCAAGUCGAAGACGAGGUCUUCCCUGGCGUGCAGUAUGUGCCAGCCGAACUGGCUGAUCUUAAGAAGGCCAUCAGAGACGUUGCUGCCGAGAACAAGCUUAUUGCAACCGAUUCUUGGAUGACCAAAGUGCUUCAGCUUUAUCAAAUCCAGAAUAUUCAUCAUGGUGUCAUGACUGUUGGUAGCUCAGGUACUGGCAAGUCUACUGCCUGGAAGACUUUGCUUGCCGCUCUGCAGCGUGUUGAUGGAAUUGAGGGAAUUUGCCAUAUCAUCGACCCUAAGGUGAUGUCGAAGGAGAGUCUCUACGGUAGCCUAGACGCCACCACCCGCGAAUGGACCGAUGGUCUAUUCACUAGCAUUCUCAGAAAGAUUGUCGACAACCUGAGAGGUGAAGACAGCAAACGCCACUGGAUCAUCUUCGACGGAGAUGUUGAUCCUGAAUGGGUUGAGAACUUAAACAGUGUCCUCGAUGACAACAAGCUGCUUACGCUGCCCAACGGUGAGCGUCUCAAUCUUCCCGCAAAUGUACGAAUCAUGUUUGAAGUGGAGACACUCAAGUAUGCCACCCUUGCCACUGUCAGUCGUUGUGGUAUGGUCUGGUUCAGCGAUGACACAGUAACUACUGAACUCAUGAUCUCGAACCAUCUGGCUGAGCUCCGCAGCGCUAGCUUCGAUGAUCUUGAUGAAGACUCCAUUCUCACUUCUCAGACAGCUGCAGCAGUGGAAGCUGUACAGAACCAGGUCGCCGAUCUACUACAAGAACGACUUUCAACCAACAACUUCUGUACACAAGCUCUCAGCGAGGCCAAGGGCUACAACCACAUCAUGGAAUUCACUGAAAUCAGAGCCUUGACUACCCUAUUCUCCCUUCUGCGCAAGGCCUGCAGAUCGAUCAUUGAGUACAAUGUCCAGCAUCCCGACUUCCCCUUGGAGCUUGAACAGAUUGAGUCUUUCAUAUCCAAGAAGCUUGUCCUUGCACUUAUCUGGUCUUUCGUAGGAGACUGUCCUCUGACCGACCGCAAGACCUUCGGCGAUUACGUUGCAAGUCUUGCCUCCAUCGACCUGCCACCAUUGGUUGACCAAGGCUCUAUGAUCGACUACGAUGUUGUGCUUCCCGAGUCGCAAUGGGUACCAUGGCAGAAUCAAGUUCCUUCUAUCGAGGUCAACACCCACUCAAUCACUCAGACCGAUGUUGUCAUUCCCACUGUCGACACUGUCCGUCACGAGGAUGUGCUCUACUCAUGGCUCGCCGAGCACAAACCUCUCCUGCUUUGUGGUCCUCCUGGAUCCGGUAAGACAAUGACUCUAUUCAGCGCCUUGAGAAAGCUCCCCACUCUCGAGGUGGUUGGCCUCAACUUCUCCAGCGCCACAAGCCCUGAGCUUCUUGUCAAAACUCUCGAACAAUACUGCGAGUACAGAAAGACACUCAACGGCACCACUCUCGCACCUACACAAAUCGGACGCUGGCUUGUGCUGUUCUGCGAUGAGAUCAACUUGCCUGCUCCUGACAAGUAUGGCACUCAGAGGGUCAUUUCGUUCCUGCGCCAGAUGGUCGAACAUGGUGGUUUCUGGCGUACUGCUACCAAGACCUGGGUCAGUCUCGAGCGCAUUCAAUUCGUUGGCGCCUGUAACCCUCCCACUGAUGCAGGUCGUACACCACUUGGUUUGAGAUUUUUGAGACAUGCACCUCUUAUCAUGGUUGACUAUCCCGGUGAGCUGUCUCUUACUCAAAUUUACGGCACAUUCAACAGCGCUGUGCUCAAGGUCAUUCCUUCAUUGCGUGGUUACUCAGACGCCUUGACAAGAGCUAUGAUCCAGCUCUACUCGGAGUCACAGAAACGAUUCACAGCAGACAUUCAGCCUCACUACGUUUACUCGCCUCGUGAGUUGACUCGUUGGGUUCGUGCCGUGUACGAAGCCAUCAAGCCUCUGGAGGCACUCAGCCUGGAGGGGUUGGUCAGAAUAUGGGCCCACGAAGCCCUGCGACUCUUCUCCGACAGACUCAUCGCUGAAGAUGAAAGACAAUGGACUGAAGAGGCAGUCGACAGAAUUGCACUUGAACACUUCCCCAAUGUUGACGAGGUCACUGCUCUGCAGCGUCCUAUCCUCUACUCUACCUGGAUGUCAAAGCACUACGAGCCUGUUGAUCGCGAACAGCUUCGUGACUACCUUCGCAUUCGUCUGCGCCAAUUCUGUGAAGAGGAGCUUGAUGUACCUCUGAUCCUCUUCAACGAUGUUCUUGACCACAUCCUUCGCAUCGACAGAGUCUUCAGACAGCCACAAGGACAUCUCAUCCUCAUCGGUGUCAGUGGUAGUGGCAAGACAACACUGUCGCGCUUCGUCGCUUGGUCAAGUGGUCUCAAGGUCUUCCAAAUCAAGGUCCAUGGCAAGUACACAGCCGAAGAUUUCGAUGACGACCUCAGAAACGUCCUCCGAAGAUGUGGUGUCAAGGGCGAGAAGAUCUGCUUCAUCAUGGAUGAAUCGAAUGUUCUCGACUCUGGUUUCUUAGAGCGCAUGAACACUCUCCUGGCAAACGGUGAAGUUCCUGGUCUGUUCGAGGGUGAUGAAUUUGCUUCUCUUAUGACUGCCUGCAAGGAAGCUGCUCAGAGCAAGGGCCAGCUUUUGGACUCACAAGAGGAGCUGUACAAGUGGUUCACACAGCAGAUUGUGCAAAACUUGCAUGUUGUCUUCACCAUGAAUCCUCCCACCGAAGGCCUGUCGUCGAAGGCAGCUACCAGUCCAGCUUUGUUCAACAGAUGCGUCCUUAACUGGUUUGGCGACUGGUCCGACCAAGCACUCUUCCAGGUCGGCUACGAGCUCACACAGUCGGUCGACCUCGACCGAUCAUCAUACACUUCGCCUGACAGCAUCCCUGUCGCCUACAGACAGCUUCAACUUCCCGCUUCCCACCGCGACGCCGUAGUCAACUCUAUGGUUCAUGUUCACCACUCCAUGCACAAGUUCAACGGUAGACUGCUGCGUCAACAAAACAAGACGACCUAUCUUACUCCCCGCCACUUCCUCGACUUCCUGUCUCAAUUUGUCAAGCUUUAUAACGAGAAGCGUGACGAUUUGGAGGAGCAGCAACGUCAUCUCAACAUUGGUCUCGACAAGUUGCAUGAGACCACAGUCCAGGUUUCCACCAUGUCUAAGAGCUUGACUGAGAAGAACGUCGAGCUGCAGACAAAGGAUGCAGAGGCCAAUGAGAAGUUGCAACGUAUGAUUGCCGAUCAGCGCGAGGCAGAAACUCGCCGUGCUGCAUCUCUCGAAGUCCAAAAUGCCCUGGUCGAACAAGAAAGAAUUGUCGCAGAAAGAAGAGAGGUUGUGCUCAACGAUCUCGCCCAGGCUGAGCCAGCCGUCAUCGAAGCCCAAAAGAGUGUCAGCAACAUCAAGAAGCAACACUUGACUGAAGUGCGUUCUAUGCAGAACCCUCCUUCAGGUGUCAAGCUUGCACUCGAGUCUGUCUGCACCUUGCUGGGUCACAAGGCGCCUGACUGGAAGACUAUCGUGUCUAUCGUCCGUCGUGAUGAUUUCAUUGCCAGCAUUGUCAACUAUGAUAAUGAGAGACAAAUGACCAGCAGCCAUCGUAUCAAGAUGCAGAGAGAGUUCUUGUCCAAGGACGACUUCAGCUUUGAGCGUGUCAACCGUGCCAGUAAGGCAUGCGGUCCUCUUGUUCAAUGGGUCGAGGCACAGGUUACCUACUCUGCUAUCCUUGACCGCGUUGGCCCUCUGAGGGAAGAGGUCACCCAACUUGAAGAGGAAGCUCUUCAAACCAAGGCAAACGCACAAGCAAUCUUCUCCGAGAUCAAGAAGCUCGACAACAACAUUGCUACAUACAAGACCGAAUACGCCUCUCUGGUCAGUCAGGUUGAGGCCAUCAAGAGCGAGAUGGCUCGUGUUCAGAGCAAGGUUGACCGAAGUAUGCGUUUGAUCAAGAAUCUCUCGUCCGAGCGUGAGAGAUGGGAAGAGACCAGCAAGUCUUUCGACGCACAGAUGGACACCAUUGUUGGUGACGUUUUCCUUGCGGCUGCUUUCCUCGCCUACGGUGGUCUGUAUGAUCAACAAUACCGCAAGGCCAUGCUUGAAGAUUGGGCAUUCCAGCUUGCCGCUUCUAGCAUCCAUCACAAACCUCACAACCCUAUGGCAGAAUAUUUGUCCACUGCAGAUGAUAGACUGCAAUGGCAGCAGAACUCGCUGCCUGUUGAUGAUCUCUGCACAGAGAAUGCUAUCAUGCUCCAGCGUUUCAACAGAUACCCUCUGAUCAUCGAUCCUUCGGGACGCACUGUGGAGUUCUUACAAAAUGAGUGCAAGGACCGUAGAUUGACCGUCACAAGUUUCCUUGACAGCUCAUUCACCAAGCAGCUGGAGAGUUCGUUGCGAUUCGGCAACCCUAUUCUCAUCCAGGAUGCCGAACAUCUCGACCCCAUUCUCAACCACGUUCUCAACAAGGAAUACCAAAAGACUGGUGGUCGUGUGCUCAUCCAGCUCGGAAGACAGGAGAUCGAUUUCUCACCUGCCUUCCGUCUGUAUCUCACUACCAGAGAUCCUUCAGCAACCUUCGCGCCUGACAUCUGCAGCAGAACAACCUUCGUCAACUUUACAGUUACUCAAAGCAGUUUGCGCACCCAAGCUCUCAAUGAUGUGCUCAAGUCCGAGCGUCCUGAUGUUGAUGAGAGACGUACCAACCUUGUCAAGACUCAAGGCGAAUUCAGGUUACGUCUCCGUCACCUCGAGAAGCAGCUUCUUCGCGCCCUCAACGAGUCCCAAGGCAACAUCCUCGACGAUGACAAGGUCAUCCAAACACUUGAGACACUGAAGAAGGAAGCCAGUGAGAUCGCUGUCAAGGCUGCCGAGACUGAUGGUGUCAUGACUGAGGUGGAACGUAUCACCAUGUCGUACGAUGUCAUUGCCCAAUCAUGUUCAGCAAUAUUCGCUGUGCUCGACCAAUUGCACCAUAUCAACCACUUCUAUCAGUUCUCAUUGCAAUACUUUGUGGAUAUCUUCCAUAACGUGCUAUCUGCUUCCAAGAGUAGACCUGCUGGAAGUCACGAGAACAGAGUUGAUGCCAUCAUCAAGGAAAUCUUCAUCAGCACUUAUCGCAGUACUGCGCUUACUUUGUUGCAGAAGGAUCGCAUUACUUUCGCCAUGCUUCUGGCCCAAGCAUCUCCCUUGAAGAUGGACAAAUCGCUGAUCGACAAGGUAUUGGACGAGGACGUCAAGGGUGUAGAUUUGUCGACCAGCCCUGAACUCAAAGACGAAGCCAUGGCCCGCGUCUCAUCUAUCAAGCAGUUCAGGGAUGGCCUUAGUCAAGUGUCUGAAGACGAGUGGAACACUUUCUUAUCCGCCGAGUUCCCCGAGAAGAACGUACCAACUCUUGGAGAGACCGACAACGAGCUAGAUCGAAGACUUCUCAACCUUCUACUCAUCAAGAUGUUGCGCGUCGAUCGUCUUGUUCCCGCCGCUGAGGUGUUCAUCACUGCCUUGUUUGGAACAGCCAUGCUUGACAUCAGCGGCGACCUCAGUCGCAUUGUCAAGGAAGUUACUGCCCACACACCCAUCGCGCUUUCCUCGUCACCUGGCUUCGACGCAAGUUACAAGGUCGACCAACUUGUCGAGCGCACCGCCUCACGCUGCGCAAACGUAGCUAUGGGUUCUAAUGAGUCACUGGCUAAUGCUGACGCUGCUCUUGCCAACGCCGCAGCCACAGGAUCAUGGGUCAUGGUCAAGAACGUUCACUUGGCUGCCCAUUGGCUCCAUAAUCUUGAGAAGAGAAUUGAUAGUCUCAAGCCUCACCCUGACUUCAGACUCUUCUUGUCGAUGGAGUCCUCGCCUAAGAUCCCGGUCAACCUUUUGAGAGCGUCAAGAGUGCUAAGUUAUGAGCAGCCUGCAGGUAUCAGAGCCAAUAUGCGCGAUUCUAUGGCUUCGCUCAAGGAGAGCGGCUCGCAGCAGCCUGUUGAGAAGGCUAGAGUGUACUUCUUGCUCGCCUUCCUGCAUGCUGUUGUACAAGAACGCCUGAGAUACGCACCACGCCUUGGCUGGAGCGGCUUCUGGGAGUUCAAUGACAGCGACUUCGAGUGCUCUGUAUUUAUCAUCGACACCUGGAUGACUACCGUUGCCGGUAAUCGCUCAAACAUUGCCCCUAACUCGAUACCUUGGUCGCUUCUGCGUAUCCUAGUCACUGAAACUUACGGUGGCAAGAUCGAUAGCGCUACUGAUUUCUCGGUGCUAUCUCAAUUGGUCAGCUCCGUGCUCACCCCUGCAGCUUUCGAAGAAAACUAUGCCUUGCAGCAAGGUCUUACAGUGCCUACCGGUACAAUGAAGCGCGACUUUGAAGCCUGGAUCAAGGGACUUCCCGAGCGCGAGCCCCCCACUUACCUCGGCCUCGAGGCUAAUGCUGAGAAGUUGUUGUUGGUGGCACAUGCUGAUGAGAUGUGUGAAGGUUUGCACAGGGUGAUGGAGGUAUUAGAUGAGGGUGAAGCUGUCAUGGCAGAAGCUGUGGAAGUUGCACAAGUGGAGUAAAUGGGUUGUUUAUACCAGCAUUCUUGACAUGCUGUGACUGUUUUGUAUUUAUAGAUUUGCAUUGCUUAUGGUUUUGCAUGGCGUUUUGACAUGGAUUAGCGUGUAUUCACAAUUUCCUUCUUUGCUCUGGUAGAGUUCAAUUGACGUGGCCUGUGAGUGGCCAUUUGGUGAUACCAC